AUGGCUGCGGCUUCAGGAAACACGGGCUGGGCCCAGCUACGGCAACAGGCGCGAAGUCUAGAAACACAGACAGAGACACUAUUCCACACCUACUCCCAGUUCUCGACGGUAUCGGACAUCCCGGCAAAGCCCACCGAGGAAGAAAGGACCACAGAGGCAAAGCUGCAAGAUCUCCUCGAGAAACGUGAGAACGUCAUCUCACAAUUAUCCCGCCUUCUCGACUCAGAAGCGACUCUCACCUCCUCCGCCCUGAAACAAAACAACCUCGCCCUCCUCCGUGAGAAACUCGCCGAGCACAAGCGCGACCUCGUACGCUUGCGCAAUACCAUAUCCCAGGCCCGCGACCGCGCCCACCUGCUCACAAAUGUCCGCUCCGACAUUGACGAAUACCGCGCCAAUAAUCCCGAGAACGCCGAGGCCGAGUACAUGCUCGCCGAGCGCAGCCGUAUCGACAAUAGUCACAACAUGGCCGACAGCGUCUUGUCCCAGGCCUACGCCGUCCAGGACAGCUUCAACAUCCAGCGCGAAACCCUCGCUAGCAUUAACCGUCGUAUCACUAUGGCCGCUAGUCAGGUGCCGGGUCUAAAUAGUCUAAUCGGCCGCAUCUCGGCCAAGAAGCGCCGCGACGGCAUCAUAAUGGGCGUCUUUGUUGCGUUUUGUUUCCUGAUGUUCUGGUGGUUCUUAUAG